UUUUCUCCCUAAAGAGCUGUAUGUCAUAAUAGGACAAUUGAGAAAAUGUACUGCAACGUUUUAUAGAGGCAUGUGUCCUGAACAAAUAUCAGAUUUUUGUUCAACUCGUAAAAAUGUGUAGGGGGAAUUAGAUGUUGUUGGUUUAUGAACUGAAAAUGUUGCAAGUUUUGUUGCAUCAAUCAAUAGGAUAAAGCUAUUGUACAUAAUAAUGAGAAAAAAAGAAAAUACUUUACGAUCUCGUGCUGAACGAUUGGUGUAUCUUUAAUGUAUUCAUAUGAAAAUAAAUGAAAAAACAACUUUAGGAUAUUCUGUCACACAAUUUUUUAACAACGUUGUAACUACUGUCUCGCCCCGUAUGAGACGAAUCUAUCAACCGAUGUAAUGGGAAGCUGUAUUCCAAGAUGGGGAAUUUUACGGGAUAAACUUUUUUCAUUCAUUGCCAUAUCUGUGAUCAUUUAUUUCCUCCCUCCCUCCCCAGUAGCUUUUGCUCAUGAUAAGCUCUGAUAAUUAGGCAGCCACUGAGCUCGGUGACGUUAGCUGUGAGCGCUGACAGGUUGGCCCUGCCUGCUGUGUCCACUGCUGUGCCCUUUUCACACUCCUCACUCAGACCAGACGGAUUGCGGUAGAUCUCUAUUAAAGCAAGGCAAGAAACAAAACGAGGCGAUGACAACACUACAAGACACAGAAGAUGCCAGUGAAACAGAUCUUGCCAAACAUGAUGAGGAGGACUAUGUGGAAAUCAAGGAACAAAUGUACCAGGAUAAACUGGCCUCAUUAAAAAGACAGCUGCAGCAGCUGCAGGAAGGUACUCUGCAGGAAUAUCAGAAAAGGAUGAAGAAGUUGGACCAGCAGUACAAAGAGAGACUUCGAAAUGCAGAGCUGUUUCUUCACCUGGAGACAGAACAGGUGGAGAGGAACUACAUAAAAGAAAAGAAGGCAGCGGUGAAGGAGUUUGAUGAUAAAAAAGUUGAACUGAAAGAAAACCUAAUCGCAGAGCUGGAGGAAAAGAAAAAGAUGAUUGAGAAUGAGAAGUUAACAAUGGAGCUAACAGGUGACUCGAUGGAGGUGAAACCCAUCAUGACGAGGAAGCUGAGGAGGCGACCCAAUGAUCCAGUCCCAAUCCCAGACAAGCGAAGAAAACCGGCACCAGCUCAGCUAAAUUAUUUAUUAACAGAUGACCAGAUAAUGGAAGACCUAAGAACACUUAAUAAGCUAAAGUCACCGAAACGACCAGUGUCUCCUUCGUCUCCUGAGCAUGUUCCCUCCGCUCCCAUGGAGAACCCCUCCCAGCGUUACGAGGCCCGCAUUGAGGAAGGGAAACUUUACUACGAUAAAAGAUGGUACCAUAAAAGUCAAGCCAUUUACCUGGAAUCAAAGGAUAACACAAAGAUUAGCUGCGUCAUCAGCUCAGUUGGGACCAAUGAGAUUUGGGUGAGGAAGACGAGUGACAGUACAAAGAUGAGGAUCUACCUAGGACAGCUGCAGAGAGGAACAUUUGUCAUCCGUCGACGGUCUGCUGCGUGAAAUGUUCGCCGGCUCUGCCCUACCCAACCCCAUCUGUUCAUUUAUUUGUCCCGCCCUCUUACCGCCAACUCAUUCAAUCAUCCACUCUCUUCCUUGUUGGUGCAUUUUCAGUUUUACCAUGUGGCUUUUUUUAUUUGUACCUAAUAUUGUCAUAUACACUACCCCGAUUUUCGAAAUAAAAUAUAGUUGCAGGAUUUCAAAGCUCUUUUUUUUUUUUUUUUUUGUCUUUUAAAACGCUUACUUAUUUCCUGUAUUAUUGUGACUAUGUACCAUGUUUGUGUAACCAUUUUGAAUUUAUUUUUGCUUUUUAUGCAAAGCAGUUAAAACACAUUUUCCAAAAUUGGUAACUGUUUGCCAACUGAAUCUGCUGUGUUAAUUGUAACAGAGGUAUGACCCACCCACCUAAAUUAGUCGUUUUCAAGAAUAUCCCUGUUGGAAUGGUAAACAAAAACUGCUUGUUGUACAGAUACUUACAGUAUAAGUAAUUUGUUACAUUUCCAAGUGGAUGAGAAGAGGGAAAUCUGGGCCUCUCUGCGUAGGCUGCUGCAUCCAUGACCCAACACUGGAUAAGGAGAAGAUAAUGGAUGGAUUGUUAUGUAUACUGAACUUGUUUUUUGUCUCUUGUAAAAAAGAAAUUUAUUUUGUCAUUUAAUGUCACCUUCUCCAUGUGUGAACAGUCUGGAAUAAGCUGUGUUGGCAUGUGGAUUUCAGGUGAUUCACUUAUUUUUUGUUUUAUUAAAAUGAUUUUGCUUUUUAAUAAUUUUAAGAAGGGUCUCUGAUUUAAUGAUGGUGUAUUACUUCAGGUCACUGUGAAGUAUUUUGUACCAACAAUAAAUGACACUCCUUAAGUACCUUUA